AUGACUUCUUACAUGCAAUCAUCCUUUAGUAUUCAAACUAAAACUAAUUUUGACUUUCUACAGUAACCCAGCGAUUCUGAUUCGGAUAGCGAAUCUAAGCAAAUGUUGAAGGGGGCACAGAAGUAAACUCAGCAAAGAGAUAUAAAAAAAUAAAAGAAACUGAUUGAUAUCGAUUCAAUAAGGAAUGAGUUGGGAUUGAGACCAAUAACCGAGAAUUCUAAUCCUGAUAAUUAUUAUCGUAGAUAUUCGAGAAAGAGCAUUGCAACAUUAACCAAUAUGAUAAUACCAACAUCAUCUAUUUUGAUUGAAUAAUUAAGUUAAAUUAAAAAGAUCAAGGAAAUCAGGAAGGAAGUGCCUCCUGAGUUAUUGGGUCGUAUUUACUCUGAAUUUAGGUAUUUGUUAGAAUACAGUUAGAUUUCAAUCAGUGCCUCAAUUGAAUCCAGUUUAUAGAUAGGGAGAUCAAAAUAAACGAUUUUAUAUCAUCUUGGAAGGGAAGGUGGUAGUGAUGAAGCCAAAAGAGAAGAUGGUUGGAUCUAACAAAUUGGAUUAUUAAGAGAAUUCGCAAUCAAAACUCAUUAAAAGGACUGAUUAGGAUCCAUACGGAUUGAACAGUGUAUUCCCGGAUUACAUAAUAUUGAAAGUACUAUUUUAAGGAGAGUAUGUAAAUAAAGAGCUAUUAAAGUUCGUUUGGAGAGGCAGCUAUUAAGUUGGACACAGCAAGAUCAUCGACAGUUUAUGCUUUAGAAUAGACUCAUCUAAUAUACUUGAGUGAGAUGGCAUAUUUGGAGUUGAUUAAUCCAUAUAUGAGUGCUGCAUUAGAUAAUAAAAUAAACUACUUUUCCAAAACCCCACUGUUUUAGUUUAUUGAACCUCAAGAAUUUAUGGGUAUAAUUUUAGAAUGUAAAAUGAUUACACAUCAUGCUGGUGAAAUCCUAUUUAAGGAAGAUGAUAAAGCAACUCACAUCUAUUUUAUUAUUGACGGUGAGAUUGAAUUAUCUAAGAAAGUAGGAGAAAAGCAAAUAAUUUUGUCAUCUUAUGGACAAUAUCAAGGAUUUGGCGAAGUUGAAAUUAUGUUAAAGAUCUCUCGAUUCACUAAGGCCAAAGUUAUUACUCCUAAAUUACACGUCUAUAGAAUAAGAAAGAGACAAUUCUUCGAUAACCUAGGUAAUUACCAAAUUUUUGAAAAUAUGAAAAAGAAUUCGAACAUUAUAUUUAAGCAUUGGUAGAAGAAAUGUGAAACUGCCUAAUAGACUAUUCAUCAAUAGGAUGAAGUAAAUUUAUUUUAAUUAUUAUCAGAUCUUUAAGGCAGCUCAGGAUGUCUAAUAGAAUAAACCAAAUUUUUAAGCCAAACACAUUCUUAAUAAGAAAUUGGUUGAAUCUCAAGGCUAGAAGUUGUCCCAAGUGAAAUUGUUAUAGAACAUUACAGAUGAAGAUCUAAAGAGCAUAAAAGUAGUUAAUACUCAGAAUCAAAGUGUGUUACAAAAAGUUUAUAGCAAUACUUUGCAAUAAUAUUAAGCCAGACUAUUGAAGUAACCUCAAGCUGUUUAACAAAAUCAUGAUGAAAAUUGCAUCAGGAAUCAAUUCACAAUUAAGACUCAAGCUGAUCUUUUGAAUGAAAACAGCACGGAGUUCACUUCAUUGACAUCUAGGUCUUCUUAGCCACUUAUUAAGACGGAGAAUGUUCAUCAAUCGUUUGGGUAAUUGCCUUCUCUUCACAUUCCCUAAAAUCCUCCUUUAUAGACAGUUUUGGAUACACUCAGCACACUUCCUAGAGUGCAUAAGGAUAAUCUUGUUUUGUCUUUGAUGUAUCAAUAGGCUUUCAAAUCAGAGAAUCCAGAGAAGAAAGCAAAGUAGAUUCAGAAGGUCAUUUAGGCAUCUUAUAGGAAUGUUUAAAAGCAAUUCUCAUCAAAAAUUCAUCAUCAAAGUGAAGUCAACAGUGUUAGCAAUAAUUAGUCGAUUGACAAACUCAGAUUGAAAUUCAAAUCUAGUAGAACGAAUGAUCUCAAUUCAACAAGAAGCAAUUAUGUGAGUUUUGUUCAAUAAAAAUAAUUAUGUUCUUAAAUCAAUUGA